CCUUCCGAUCGAGUGGCAAUCUCGUAAUUCCCUCCAAACCCGGUGGCGUUACGUUUUCCCGGGCUCCUCAUCGGUCCCAUCGACCCAAAAAAAUUAUAAACCGAAAGCUUCGAUGUUUUUGAAGUAUCGCACAAUCUCUUCGUCUCUGGUUGGCUGCUGUCUCUCAAAGUUCUCAACUUUGCUGAAAUAGAAAAACGAAAAACACAGAGAGAGAGGAGAUGUUGAAGCUCACAACGUACACUGGAGCGGACCAAAUUCAUGGCGUGGCCCAAUGCCACUCCUUGGGCCCAUCGAAACCCAACCCAACUUUCCCUCGCCGGAAAGACGGCAUUUCUCUUGUGCCAUGCACUUCUGCGCCUUCGAAAACGCCGGUUCUCGCCGUCGUUUCUGACCGGGGGGCCGGGAGUGUGCGCUCGGAGACUGGACCGGGUCGGGUCGAGCAUUCAGUUAGCCUGGCGGACCGGUUGAGGCAGGGGAGCUUGGCGGAGGACGGGAAGUCGUAUAAGGAGUGCUUUAUAGUGAGGUGCUAUGAGGUUGGGAUUAACAAGACUGCCACUGUUGAGACCAUUGCCAAUCUCUUGCAGGAGGUUGGAUGCAACCAUGCUCAAGUUGUUGGCUUUUCAACUGAUGGUUUUGCGACCACCACCACCAUGAGGAAAAUGCAUCUCAUAUGGGUUACUGCUCGCAUGCAUAUUGAAAUCUACAAAUAUCCAGCUUGGAGUGAUGUUGUUGAAAUAGAAACAUGGUGCCAAGGGGAAGGGAGAAUUGGUACUAGACGUGAUUGGAUAAUGAAGGACUAUGCCACUGGUCAAGUCAUUGGAAGAGCAACAAGUAAGUGGGUGAUGAUGAACCAAGACACUAGGCGACUUCAGAAAGUCAGUGAUGAUGUUCGGGAAGAGCAUUUAGUAUUUGCUCCACGAGAACUGAGGUUAGCCUUUCCAGAGCCUAACAAUAGUAGCUUGAGGAAAAUAGCUAAACUGGAAGAUCCUGCUCCAUAUUCCAGACUGGGACUUGUGCCAAGGAGAGCAGAUCUGGACAUGAACCAGCACGUUAAUAAUGUCGCCUACAUCGGAUGGGUUCUAGAGAGCAUGCCUCAAGAAAUCAUUGAUGGCUAUGAACUGCAAACAAUCACCUUAGAUUACAGGCGGGAGUGUCAACGGGAUGACAUAGUUGAUUCCCUUACAAAUGUGGAACCUUUAGAGGAUGGUCCAGCUAUUUCAGGCUUAGAAGGAACAAAUGGAUCUCCUGCUGCAACAGAAGAUACAAAGGACUACUGUCAGUUUUUGCAUCUACUAAGAUUAUCAGGUGAUGCUUCAGAAAUAAACCGGGGACGAACUGUCUGGAGAGAAAAACCUGCAAGAUGAGGAAAUAUCUUAUCUCUUGGCUCCACUGGUUUUUUUAUUUAUUUCGUUCCUAUUUGUCUUUGUUUUUGUCCCUUAUAUUAGAGAUUUUGUUUCCUUGUUGAUGUCAAUGUCAUAAUUUGCUUUCCUGAGUUUUUUUAUCGCUUCCCAAUUGGCCCUGCUACCAAAAUGUCCUUAUGUCUUGCACUGAUGUUAAAGUAUCCUCGAAGAAUAUUUAACAGCGUUAUGUUGUAUCUGUCAUGUUAGAGUGGAAAUGUAAGGUUCGGAUUUUAGUUUGCAACUGUAACACUUCUGUUACCA